AUGCAUAAAUAUUCCGAUGUCGAUGUUAUAUGUUUGGAUGAUCAACAAAUAAAAAGUUCAAAAGGAACAAAACAUAUUUUAGAAAUAAAAAAAGAAGAUCAACAAAGAAAAUAUUUUAUAGUUAUUAAAGAUGGUACAUCCAUUAUAUUAACAAUUACAUUAGAUGAAUCAUUUGAACAUAUUCGAUCAGGUUCAAAUGGAAUUAUUAUUAGUUUACCAAAACAGAAACAUCUUUCAUAUUCGUUAAAAUUUCCGAAUCAAGAAGAUGCAACCAGUUUCAAGAAACUUCUUGUAUCGAUAAAAGCCGGUCGUAGUAUUGAAGAUAAUAUAUCAAGUCAAUUCGAUGAACGUACAGAAGAAUCAUCAGCAGUACAAUAUUUUCAAUUCUACGGUUAUUUAUCUCAACAACAAAAUAUGAUGCAAGAUUAUAUACGUACAUCAACGUACCAACGAGCUAUUCUUGAUAAUUCAAUUGAUUUUGCUGGCAAAGUUGUACUUGAUGUUGGUGCCGGUUCAGGUAUACUUUCUUUUUUCGCUGCUCAAGCAGGUGCACGUAAAGUCUAUGCUGUUGAAGCAAGUUCCAUGGCACAACAUGCUAAAACUCUUGUUGAUAAUAAUCAUUUAAGUGAUCAUAUUCAAGUAAUUGCUGGUAAAAUCGAAGACAUCACAUUACCAGAACAAGUUGAUGUAAUUAUAUCUGAACCAAUGGGUUAUAUGUUAUAUAAUGAACGUAUGUUAGAAACAUAUUUACAUGCAAAAAAAUUUCUUAAACCAAAUGGUAAAAUGUAUCCAACACAAGGUGAUCUUUAUGUAACACCAUUUACUGAUGAAGGUUUAUAUAUGGAACAAGUUGGUAAAGCAAAUUUUUGGUAUCAACAAUCAUUUUAUGGUGUUGAUUUAACAACAUUACGUGAUUCAGCAUUAGAUGAAUAUUUUAAACAACCAAUUGUUGAUAAUUUUGAUGUACGAAUUUGUUUAUCAAGACCAAUAAAAUAUACAGUGAAUUUUUUAACGGCCAAUGAAGAAGAUUUACAUGAAAUAAAUAUUCCAUUAUCAUUCCAAAUGACAACAACAGCUGUUAUACAUGGUUUAGCAUUUUGGUUUGAUGUUUCAUUUAAUGGAUCAAGCACACAAGUUUGGUUAUCGACUGCACCUACACAACCUUUAACACAUUGGUAUCAAGUUCGAUGUUUAUUUAUAAAACCACUUACAGUUAGUCAAGGAAAAAUCGUUAAAGGUCAUGCAAUAUUACAUUCAAAUAGAAAACAAAGUUAUGAUGUUGAAAUUUUUCUUCAAAUUGAUGGAACAACAAUAUCUGCUGAGAAUACACUUGAUCUUAAAAAUCCAUAUUUUAGAUAUCCAAAUCAAGGAACACAAGUUCCACCUGGACAAUAUCAUGAAUCUCCAACUGAACAAUAUUGGAAUGGAGUACCGAAUGAACAGAAUCCAAUGGCUGCUGGAACAAUUUAUCCAAAUUCAAAUCAAUUUUCACAAAAUUGCAAUAUCAAUAAUAAUAUGAACGCUAAUAGCGAUUAUGAUGGUACUAAAAUGGUUAUGGGUGGGGCAUGGUUAUGA